CCCUGGCCGUGCCGCCGCCGCAGCCACCGGGCGAUCUCCAAGCGGCGAUCUCCAAGCGCCGCUCGGCUCGGCCGCGGGCCAGGAGGGGAGGGUCCGGCCUUGCCCCGCAGACGUCCAUUGGCGGCUUCCCCUGGCCUCCGCGCCAUGCCGCGGGCCGUGUGAGCCGGCGUGGGCUCGGGAGCCCGCAGGUGUCCGCGGGCGCGCCAGGCCCGGUUGGGGAGGGGGCGCUGCGCUCGUCAUGCUGCAAGGGCCCCGAGCCCUAGCUCCCGCGGCUGGGCCGCCCCUCAAGGGGCUGCCCGCGAUGAGCCCCACCGAGCUGUGGCCGACCGGCCUCAGCAGCCCCCAGCUCUGCCCGGCCACCACCACCUACUACACUACGCUGUACCCGCAGACUGUGCCUCCCGCUGCGGCGCCGCCGGGCACCUGCCUCGACGCCACCCCUCACGGACCCGAGAGCCAAGUUGUGCGAUGCGUGCCGGCUGGCCGGCUGGCGGCCAAAAGGAAGCUGGACCUGGAGGGAAUCGGGAGGCCUGCGGUCCCUGAAUUCCGGACUCCCAAGGGGAAGUGCAUUAGAGUCGAUGGCCUCCCCAGCCCCAAAACCCCCAAGUCCCCAGGCGAAAAGACUCGGUAUGACACGUCACUGGGGCUUCUCACCAAGAAGUUCAUUUACCUCCUGAGUGAGUCCGAGGAUGGGGUCCUGGACCUGAACUGGGCUGCUGAGGUGCUGGAUGUGCAGAAGCGGCGCAUCUAUGACAUCACCAACGUGCUGGAGGGCAUCCAGCUCAUCCGCAAGAAGGCCAAGAACAACAUCCAGUGGGUAGGCAGGGGAAUGUUUGAAGACCCCACCCGGCCUGGGAAGCAGCAGCAGCUGGGGCAGGAGCUGAAGGAGCUGAAGAGCAUGGAGCAGGCCUUGGACCAGCUCAUCCAGAGCUGCUCUCUGAGCUUCAAGCACCUGACCGAGGACAAGGCCAACAAGAGACUGGCCUAUGUGACUUACCAGGACAUCCGUGCUGUUGGCAACUUUAAGGAACAGACAGUGAUCGCUGUCAAGGCCCCUCCGCAGACAAGACUGGAAGUGCCCGACAGGAACGAGGAGAACCUGCAGAUAUAUCUGAAGAGCACGCAGGGGCCCAUCGAAGUCUACCUGUGCCCAGAGGAGGUGCAGGAGCCAGACAGUCCUGCCAAGGAGCCCCUCCCCUCCACCUCCACCCCCAGCCCUGACUCCGCUCAGCCCAGCAGCAGCACCAACCCUGGGAUCCCGGAACUCGCGGCAUCCCCAGCACCAGCGUUGACUCCCCAGCAGGUGCCACCACCACCACCCCUUGUCCCCCUGGAGGCCACUGACAGCAUGCUGGAGCUGCCACACCCACUUCUACAGCAGACCGAGGACCAGUUCCUGUCCCCGACCCUUCCGGGCAGCUCCCCUCUGAUCAGCUUCUCCCCGUCCUUGGACCAGGACGACUAUUUGUGGGGUCUGGACGGGGGUGAGGGCAUCAGUGACCUCUUUGACUCCUAUGACUUUGGGGACCUGCUGAUUAAUUGAGUGGCCCUGCCUGUCCCAGCAGCCCUGCCCAUCUCUACCUCCUCACAGACAGACUGACAGGUCUCUGCCUGCAUGGGGACAUUGGACACGAGGUGCUGCCCUCAGGACGUGGGGGUCUCCUCCUCUCCUUUCCUAGCCCCCUGCUGGCUGAAGCAUCUGGGGGGGAUGUGGAGGAUACAGGUGAGAUGUGUAUCAGGGGUUGGGUCCUGACCUUCCUGAUGGAAGCUGGGCCUGGAAAGGCCCAUCCAGUCUUCUGACCUCUGACCCCUCUGAUGUGAAGGGCCCCAGGUGAAGUGACCAGGUCCAAGGAAAGGUCCUGGCACCGCUUUUUGAGGGGUAAUUAGGACCCUCAAUUUAUCAAGAAGCACUUAAUACCUUUGUAUUUAUUUCAGGUUGAGUUUUGUUGGUUUGUCUUCUCUGAGUUUUAGCAGGGAGAUUGUUCUAGUUUCUAGUAAGACUUCUCCUCAGACAGACCCAGCACUGUCUACUGUCCAAGGGCAGGCCUAGGCCUGGCGAGGCCAACUCUGAUUUCCCUGCAGUGAUUGGGGGCUGGGUCUCUGAG